UGAUUUUGCAUUUCCGGGGAGGACUGUUUUGUUUACCAACAGUCCUCCCCGUCAGCUUGGGCACACUGCUCUGGAUGGCUGUGCACAGCCAUCCAGAGCAGAGCAAUUACAGUGAAGCACACAGACUGCACCCCCCCAGUAAUAUAAUCUCUGCACAGUUAACCCUUUGAUCACCCCCCUCAUGUUAACCCCUUCCUGCCCAGUGCCAUUAGUACAGUGUCCAUGCUUUUUUUUAGCACUGACCACUGUAUUGGUGUCACAGGGGAUGUCAGUGGCACCACGUCAGUUCCCCCCAGUGUCAGAAUGCCUGCGCCGCAGUCUCGCUACA